GGAUAACGAACACAUCCUUUGUACCGGUUAGAAUGUUGACGAGUUCAGGUUGACUCCGUUGACUCCUACGUCUCUUUUCACUUGUCUCAGUCUUGUCUCUGAGUCGGAACCGAGUCUUUUGACCCCGUGCCCCUGUGGUCUCUGAGGGCAAGGGUGAUUGCAGUUGCAGUUGACCUAUAAUCUCACUGUUUUUGGUUAGAGUUCCUGGUGUCUGCUCUGAAGAUAAAGUGGUGCACAACCUCCAGAGUUCACUAAACCAAAAUAAUGGCAAGCGAGGGCUUCUGCCUGGGCUCGCACACGCUGCAGGUGCCCAUGGAGCUGCACCGGCUGAACCGACGGCGCCUCUGUGACGAGCUGCGGCGCACUGACGGCGUGCCGCCGGCCGCCGUUGUGGUCCUGCAGGGCGGCCAGUCGUCCAACCGCUACUGCACCGAUGUCGAGCCGGAGUUCCGACAGGAGUCGUUCUUCCACUGGGCGGUGGGCGUUCUGGUGCCGGACUGUUACGCCGCUAUCGAGGUGGCCACCGGCCGUACCACCGUCUUCUACCCCCGGCUGGACGAGGUGUACGCCACCUGGAUGGGACGACUCCUGCAGCCGGAUGACGUCAAGGCGCAGUAUGAGGUGGAAGACGUCAAAUACGUCGACGAGCUGGCAGCCGUCCUGAAGGGCAUGAAACCGGACUCGCUGCUGCUGCUGCAAGGCGUCAACUCUGACAGUAAGCUGACCACCCGUCCUGCGGCGUUCGACGGAAUGAGCGAGUUCAAGACGGACUACGAGGUCCUGUACCCAGUCAUGGCGGAACUGCGCGUCUAUAAGACCCACCUGGAGGCGCAGGUGAUCCGCUUCUCCAACCUGAUCUCGUCUCGCGCCCACAUUGAGGUGAUGAAGAAGAUCCGUCCCGGCAUGAAGGAAUACCAGCUGGAAGCCAUCUUCAAACAGUACGCCUACUAUUACGGCGGCUGUCGCCACGUGGCUUACACGUGUAUCUGCGGCUCGGGAGGUAACGGCGCCGUGCUGCACUACGGCCACGCGGGCGCGCCCAACGACAAGACGGUCAACGAUGGUGACAUGUGCUUGUUCGAUAUGGGCGCCGAGUACUACUGCUACACCUCGGACAUCACGUGCUCGUUCCCUGCCAACGGCAAGUUCACCGACAAACAGAAGACCAUCUACAACCUGGUGCUCAAGGCCACGCGAGCCGUCAUGGCCGCCAUCAAACCGGGCGUCUCGUGGGUGGACAUGCACCGGCUGGCCAACCGGGUGACGCUGGAGGAACUCAAGGAGGCCGGCAUCCUCCGCGGCAACGUCGACGACAUGAUGGAGGCGAACCUGGGCGCCACGUUCCAGCCGCACGGCCUGGGCCACUUCCUGGGCUGUGACGUCCACGACGUGGGCGGCUACCUGAGCGGCCACCCGAGCCGCCGCUCCGAGCCGGGCCUGCGCAACCUGCGCACGGCGCGCACCCUACAGGCCGGCAUGGUGCUCACCACCGAGCCCGGCUGCUACUUCAUCGACCACUUGCUGGACCAGGCGCUGGCGGACCCGGUGCUCAGCCAGUUCCUGGUCCCGGAGAGGAUCCAGGAGUACCGCGGGUUCGGCGGCGUGAGGAUCGAGGACGACCUCAUCGUCACCGACACCGGCAUGGAGUGUUUCACCGUGGUGCCGCGCAGUAUCGAGGAGAUCGAGGCGGUAAUGGCCGAGGGACGGCAGCAGGAGGUGGUGGUCCCCCAGCUCCAGAGCGACUUUGCCGCGCCCAAAAUGGUCCUCUAGGCGGCCGGUAUGGCGUGCGGGAGAGGAGCGGAGCCCAGGACGCCGCUGGCACUGUAUCAGGGCUGGCGGCAGCGGAGGCGGUCAGUGGCUGGUGGUGAUCAGAGAUCGGUGAGCAGUGGUCGAUGAUCGGCGAUCAAUGAUCCGAGAUGGGUGAGCAGUGGUCGGUGGAGAGUGGUGAGUGAUCAGUGAGCAGUGAUCAGUAGUUAUUGGCCGGUGAGCGGUGGUCAAUGGUGAGUGGUCGAUGAUAAUUGAUCAGUGGUCAGUGGUUAGAGGUCAGUGAUCGGUCAGUGCCCGGGACCAGCGGUCGGUAGUCGGCGAGCUGUAUGGUGCUGGCUACAUGGUGGGUGCUUUUGGCUUUUUGAUGUGUGCCUUCCUCAGCCUGGAAUUAGACUCCACGAAAUUAGACCGAGUGAGUAUGGUAAUAUUGUUUCAAAAGCAAAUGUCUGCGAAAGGAAAGGACUUGAAAACGGACUGGAAAAAGGAUAUAAGACAAUGCACAAUUACUAAGGUUCACCGUGUAGCCAUGCCUUUGUCUAACAUCCACCAUUCCAUGACAGUGGUCACUGGUCCUACCAUUCUGUGUCCCAUCCCGGUAACCGACGUACCGACCUGUGCCCCCUUCCCCCUUCCCCCGCCUUGCGCGCCAUAGAUCCCAGGUGAUACUGGUCUUAGGUUGUGGUCUAUGGCACCAUUUAUUGGUGACUGGUGACUUUGGUGAUCCCAGUGAUUCUACGGUGGUGAUCUGUGCCAUGAUAACUAUCGCGCAACGGUGUUACAAUUAUACAGACUUGAAGUACAAAGUCUGGAUGCUUAAGGGUGUAUUGCAUGCAGUGAUAUUUUCUAUUUACGGAAAUGAAUAUACUACAACCGCGU